CAUGAACAUUCUGCUCUUUCCAUUCGGCACAGGUGAGACAAAUUAUCAAUAAUGUGCCAUUUCAGUCAGUCAUGUGGAGGGUCUUCUAUUUACCUGUCCAUCUUAAUCAUCUGUCUGAGCUGCUACUUCAACAAUGCCUCAUCACAGCCCCCUACAGCUGCUCCUCUCAUUAAGGACACACCUUUUGCAAUCAUAUGGAAUGCACCCGUCGAUGUGUGCAAGAACCUCAAGAUCGGUUUGGACCUUUCUGCAUUCCAAGCUGUCACCACACCAGCCAGUGUGCCUAACCAAUUUCUCUUCCUUUUCUAUACUGAUAGACUUGGGCUGUACCCAUAUGUAGAUCCUGCUACCAAGCAAGAGUACAAUGGUGGUAUUCCCCAAAAGGCACCCCUGAAAGCUAGCCUUAAGAAAGCCACAAGUGAUAUCGCUAAGUACAUUCCUAACUCCACCCCUGGCUUAGCUGUAAUCGACUGGGAAUCAUGGCGUCCACUGUGGGUCAGAAACUGGGAUGCUAAACAAAUAUACAGAAAGUUGUCCAUUGAUUCUGUUUUAGCACAAAAUUCAUCUCUGUCCACAUCUAUGGCCACCAAUAUUGCAAAGGAGCGGUUUCAGACAGCAGCCAGAGAUUACAUGGAAGAUACCAUUCAGCUGGGGAUCGAACAACGUCCAGAGCAACUUUGGGGUUUUUACCUGUAUCCAGAAUGUUACAAUUUCAACUGGAACUUUCCAGAUUACACUGGAAACUGCCCACCGACUGAGGAAGCCCGUAACAAUGAGCUUCUUUGGCUGUGGGAGUCCAGUACAGCUUUGUUCCCCUCCGCAUACUUGCCACUUACUCUGAAAGAUGACCCCAAAGCAGCACUCUUCGUCAGGGGUGUGGUAAAGGAAGCAGUGAGGGUUUCUGCCCUUCCAAAGAAAAACUACACUUCCCCAAUUUACACCUAUUUCCAGCCUCUUUUCCGUGAUCAGAACCGAGUGUACCUGGGCCAGGAAGAUCUAGUCAGGACUAUCGGGGAAAGUGCAGCUUUAGGUGCAUCAGGAGCAGUGCUCUGGGGUGCAAGUGCAAGUUUCAACAGCAAGGAAUCAUGUGAAGCACUGUCUGCUUACCUGCUGACCACACUGAACCCUCACAUAGCCAAUGUGACCGCAGCUGCUAAACUCUGCAGCACUACUCUGUGCCAGGGUAACGGACGCUGUAUCCGGAAGAACCCAAACUCAGACGACUACCUCUACCUCAACUCAGAGAAUUUCAGCAUUCAGAAGAGGAGAGGGAAAUACGUAGCAGUUGGCAUGCCUACUGUCACCGAUCUCCUAAACUUUGCAGACAAAUUUACCUGUCAGUGCUACACAGACCUGACAUGCUCUGCUAAACUGGCCAUUUCAGUUAGGAGCAGAAUGGUUAUUGAAGUGUGAUUUUUACGCCUUUCUACUACCAGAAAGUUUUAUUUUAACAUUCUUUUACAAUCAAAGAGCAUUUUAUGGCUUUUUUGUAAAAAAAGAUAUUCUGUUUAAUACAUAAUAGAUUAUUCAAAUUUUUAUUAUUAUGCAAAUGGAUUUAGUGUAACAAUAAAAAUUAAUCUAAAGUCAUCUAGCUAACAUAGUUUAAAAAUGAACUUUCACACUGAUGUUCUCUGUAGCAGCUUCAUAGGUUUAUCUGCGUCAAGGUGCACAGGCCCAAAAAGUAAAAUGCAGGCCUAUAUUUUGUAAAAAAAAUAAAUAAAUAA